AUGCGCCGGCCACGCCGCACCACGCCGCUCCUCCCACUGGCGCUGCUGCUGCUGCUGUGCGUCGCCGCUGGGUGCCUCGCCGAGGCUCCCGCCAAAGUUGCGCAGGGGGGAGAUGCAUCGCAGGACGGGGUCACAAGUGACACGCCAAAAGACCCAAGCAGUGAAGAUAAUCAGCCGAGUGCUGGCAACACGCUGCCGGGCAGUGGCGCGGGGACGGAGAAGGGGCCGGAAGAGGCAGACACCGCUAAGGCACCGGAAAGCCCAGAUCUCAGCGGGAACGAUGGGCAGGAGCCGGCACUGCCGCCAGCGCCGGCGCCACAAGCAGACAACAAGGCAGUGCUGCCGACAGCGGAUGCAGAAUCAGAGGAAACCAGUCGAGAUGUGGACGCAGGCAGCCUUUCAACGAAGGCAAAGGGCGACGUCGAGGGAAAAGGCCCAGGUCAAGAAAACAGCCAAGAAGGUCAAGUUCAAGUGGCCAAGGAAGAAGAACAGCAUGAUCGACAAGAAGGCGAGGAAGAACCAGAAGAGGAGGAGGAAGACGCAGGAGAGGAGGAGGAGGUAAUCCCAUCAACAACGCCAGCAGUCGGAGAAGAAGGAGGAAUUCCCGAGGCCACGCCUCUUCCGUCUCCCUCCGUCGGUGUCCCCGCGGCUGGAGAUCCGACUGCACAGACCAGUGGGGGCGGCGCUGGCACAGGCAGCAUGCAACCCGAAGUCGCUGGUGCACCGAAAGGCAGUGCGGGGGAAGCAGCGGCGCAGGCCACCGCCAACAACACAAAUCGGAACACCGCCACUGCGACUGACAGUAAGCAGGGGAGUGGAGUUGCUGGAGUUUCUCCCACGCCCGGCGAUUCUGCGCCCGUGAGGGAGCCGCAGGGGACAAGGGCGGAGAGUGCGCCACCGCGACCCGCAGGCGAGCCCCAAACCGCCCCAGAGGCGCCACGGGCAACGAAAGCACCGCCGGAAGCCAAAGGCAACGCGAGCGCAACCGGAACUCUGCAAACACAGGGGGAGGCCGCAGUUGCCGCAGGGAGUGCGCCGGCCGACGGCAGUGUGGCGCAAGAGUCUCCGUCGCCUUCUCCUCCGAGUGGCGGUGUUAUUGCCAGCACCGACGCCGAAGAGCCCACUGAGAAGACUCGCGAGGCCGCCCAAACUUCUGAGGGUGCGCCGACGCACGAAGGAGGGCGCCAACAACGUGAAGCUGCCGCUGGCAGUGCGAGGGACAAAGCACCGGCAGCAGAGGCCUCCACCAGCACAAACGACGCAGCGACUCCGGCAGCUACGACCGCCACGAAUGCCACUAAGGCGGCGCCUGGCGACAGUGACGGCGACAGCACCGCGGCCUCGCACUCCGCCUCCCCCUUUGUGCUGCUUCUACUGCUUGCGUGUGCGGCUGCCGCUGCGAUGGUGGCCGCGUGA